CUCUUUCUCUUUUCGUGUUUUUUAUCCUCGCUCUCACAACUGUUGACCGAUUUUUUUCUUUUUUUCUUUUCCGAUUCCAAAAAAAGAAAGAAAAAAGAAAAUCAAAAUCAUUUUCGUUUUUUUGAUCUCUGAAAGUGAUUUUCUUUUUCGAUCUUCGAAAACAGCUUUUGCAAUUUCAUAAGGCUGUUUAUCGACAGAUCUAUAUCAUAAUCGUUCAUACACUUUUAUUUUUUUAUAGGGUUUAUUUUUUUUCAAAAAUACUGGAGGAAGUAGGAAAUCUUCAAGGUUUCUUUAUAGGCGAUUUCUGGUGUGAUCUUAUGGCUGCUAAACCACAAUUGGAGAAACCUAUAGAAGAAGCAAAGAAUCUUAAAGUCGAUACUUCUUCUAAACUUGGUGGUCCUAAACGAGCUCCACCCAAGGAUAGAAGUUCAUCUGAUGCACGAUCAUGCAUCUCAUCCUCUGGAGAUGCAACUAGUAGUCUGAAGGAAGGUGAUAUUGGUCAAGAGUCAUUGAUGGCUGAACAGGGCUUUUAUUAUCCUGCUAACAGCUAUUAUGGGUAUUGUUAUCCAGGUUAUGAUGGGUCAGUUGGAGAAUUGGAAGAUCAGGGAUACUACCUUAGCAGUGAUGGCCUGGAGAUUCCAUAUCCAGCCAUGCAAGCAGAUAAUGGAUCUCUUAUGUACUAUAUGCAAGGAUUUCAACCUGGGUAUGUUCCUUACAGCUCAUACUUACCUGGAGCUACAUAUGGCAUUGAUGGACAGUAUUUGGGUCAACAGCAAUUUGUCCUGAGCCCUAUGUCCACACAGCCUAUUGCCUCCCCUGGAUAUUUCCCGUCUCCACUUCCUUAUGGAUCAGAGAUGCUUCCAUCAUAUGUUUGGGAUCCAUCUCUUAUGGCUACUGAAGCAGUUCACGUAGAUGGCUAUAGUGGGGUUACAACAACUUCUGGAACUAAGCAAACUUUCUCUGCCCCAAAUCAUACCCCUCCCCCUAUAAAAUCAAUGACAUCUGCAAAAACUAGUAAUACUGGAGCCAAAGGAUCUUUGCCGGCAGUAGAUGUCUCAACAGGGUCAGGGUUUCUUAACGAAGCAAAACCAGUGAAUAAGGUAUCACAUCAUGGUGCUGAUUUUCAGUCAGCUGGUGUUCUUGCCAAGGGUUAUUUUCCAUUGACAAAGUUUCCAUCUUCUAAUCAAGGGAAAGGUGGUUUGCUUUAUCCCAGCAGCCCUGUUACUUAUAAAGCAAAUGCAAAAGGAUGGGGUGGUGCUGACAAGUACAAGACCAAGGUCAAGGCUAAUGGAGUUGGUGAAUUUGAGUUGCAUAACGAACAGAAUCGUGGUCCUCGAACGACCAACACAAAAGUUGUUUUGCCAUCUGUUGACUCAACAGCAUCCUUGGUGUCCGAAAUUACUGACAAAAAUGAGAGCUCUACAUCUGUUAUGCGGAGGGAGGACUAUAACCUCUCCGAAUUCUCAACUAAAUACGAUGACGCAUUGUUCUUUGUCAUAAAAUCUUAUAGUGAAGAUGAUAUACACAAGAGUAUCAAAUACAACGUUUGGGCUAGUACUCCCAAUGGAAACAAAAGGCUUGAUAGUGCAUACCAGGAUGCACAAGAGAGAAUGGGCGCGAAGAAGAGCAAUUGCCCGGUGUUUCUUUUCUUUUCGGUUAAUGCUAGCGGACAGUUCUGUGGAGUAGCUGAGAUGGUUGGCUCGGUAGAUUUUAACAAAAAUAUGGAUUUUUGGCAGCAAGACAAGUGGAAUGGCUUUUUUCCUGUCAAGUGGCACAUUAUUAAAGAUGUUCCAAAUCCUCAUUUUAGGCAUAUAAUUCUUGAGAAUAAUGAUAGCAAACCUGUAACAAACAGCAGGGAUACACAGGAGGUGAGGUUUCCUCAAGGUACUGAAAUGUUGAAUAUAUUCAAAAGCUAUACAUCAAAAACAUCCAUAUUGGAUGACUUUACUUUCUAUGAGAGCCGACAGAAGGCAAUGCAAGAGAAGAGGAUAAGACCCUCUACACCAUAUCAGGGUCUACUACAGAAACCAGAGGAAGUCAUUGGUGUGACAGCUAGUCUGAAGUCGAUUAAAUUGACUGGUUCUGACUGUGAAGAAGUUCGAGCUGGGGAUGAUAAGGUGAAGGAAUGACGAAGAGAAGCUUGGGGCAAAUAGAACAUAUAGCCAUGAGUACAGCUCGCAGAAUUUGCAUAGUGAUUGGUUUUACGUUAACGCCGAGGCUACCAGAAUGAAAAAACAAAAAAGACAAGUGGAUGGUUUUUACCUCAACGUCUCUGGGCAUUUUUGGGAUUUCUGAUUUACUCCAAUUUGCUAGAUGUAGAUGUGAUGGCAGCCUCUGAAACCCAGGGGUUUUGUGUAUUAUAAAAGAAAGAAGGAAAAAGGUCUGCAUUUAAGGUAGGCUGUGACAGGAAUGAUGGCAUUGGUUAUGGUCGUGCAACAGUGGCUGUCUGUGCCGUAAUAUGCGUUCCAUUGGUGAUGGUCGUGCAACAGGGGCUGUCUGUGCCAUAAUAUAUGUUCCAGUCUUCUCAUUUUACCUUCUUUUUUACUUUGUAUUUUGUUUUACUUUUCAAUUUCCUAACGGGUGAUCAGGUAGGAUUGUUGUUGGGUUGCAUAUUAUGGUAGUGGUGUUUGUUGGUUGAUCUAUGGUGUAAGCAGCAGAAAGCAGCUGACGUGGUGGUAGUGGUGUUUAAAUUCUCUUUCUAAAUUUUGUUGGUGGUCGUGUAAAGUAUGUAUGUUUGUGUUCAAAGCUUCUUUUAUUGUGUGAAAGCAUAUGAGGACCAAUUUGGAAGGUUUUGAGUAUGCUGAAGAAUAUACUUGCCCCCAACAAUAGUCUAAAAGAAAGAAAGAAAUAUAUUUUUUUUACUGGUUCA